GUGCUUCCGCCAUGAGUCUCUCGACGUUUCUCUUGGGUAAGAAGGCCUCCAAGGUCAUUGAUAAAGAUUUGGAUGCUCUUUUCCAGACGCAUAAUUCAACAAAUUCGAAUGUUGCACCAGUAUCUCCCGCUCCAGGAGCGAGCGACAGGAAGCGAAAAUUGAAGGAAGGUGGGGAGCGGAAAGAGAAAAAGAGGUCAAAGGCCACCAAAGAUGAGGAUGAAACCAUGGACAAGCCUGCGUCUCCGAAAAAAGAGAAAAGCACCAAGUCUCCAAAGCAGAAAGGUCAUAGUAAGAAAGUAGCAAAAGAGGUCAAGGAAUCCGACGAGGAAAACUCGGAUUUGGAGAAGAGCUAUCCUAGUACUUCCAAGCAGGCUUCGCAGAAAGGCGUUGAUGUCGACUCGGAUUCUGAUGAGGAGGGCGAUCCGUCAAAACUCGUCCACGAAGCUCUGGCCAAAGACGGCUCAAGUAAUAAAAAAGGUUCGACUGGUAGCAAGGCCAAGUAUAUUCCGGAAGAUGAAACACCUGAGCAACGUGACGCUCGGACGAUAUUCGUAGGCAAUCUUUCAGUGAACGUCGCUCAAAAAAAAACUCUAUUAAAACAAUUUCAGCGGCAUAUUAUAUCUCAUGUGCCUACUGCCAAAAUCGAAUCUACUCGCUUUCGGUCUGCUGCUUUUCAAAACCCCACCAGCAAACUUCCAGGUGACGAUGACGAUGACUCUAAAUCCAAAUCGUCAAAAGGACGGCAGCACGACCGUGACCGUACUACUUCGUGGCGUAGCUCCAAACCCGAUGAAGAUGAUUUCAAAACAGACGAGAAGAAAUUUCUGACACCCAAUCAAAAGAAAAAAAUCGCCUUUAUAAACCACGAAUUCCAUCCCUCCGCAGAUUCCGUCAAUGCCUACGUAGUUUUCUCGCAUCCAUUGCCUGCCGCAUCUCGAGCUCCUAACGUACCCCCGCCCGCGCCGGUAAUGGACCCAUAUGAGGCGGCUCGUCUAGCCGUUGAAACCUGCAAUGGAACGAUAUUCAUGGACCGCAUGAUACGAGUUGAUUUUGCGAGUAAGACAGCUGCUCAGGUUGCAGUGGCAUCUGCAGCAGCUAUAUCUGGAGCUAUGGUCGGAGAUCCGAAACUUAGUGUCUUUGUUGGCAAUCUCGACUUUGCGAGCAAAGAGGAGGAUCUGAGGGUAUUUUUCGAGGGCAUCGUGAGUGCUGAACGGGGCGCGCCUGAUGGUGAAACAGAUGUUGGAGAGAAGCUCAAAUCAUGGGUAACACGCGUGAGAAUUGUUCGCGACAAGGAUACACAACUCGGGAAAGGGUUUGCAUAUGUGCAAUUUGCUGAUCGGGAAUGCGUGGAUGAGGUUUUAGCGUUGGAGGAAGGUAAACUCAAGUUCGCAAAACGCAAACUACGCGUGCAACGGUGUAAAACUGUUCCGGGGAAAACACUAUCAAGCUCAAAGACUUCAUCUGCUAAGGCAGCCUCCGCAUCAGCAUCUCACUCGACUUCUGUGCCUAUCAUUCCGAAAGGAGACCCGUCGCUAGGCGCUAAACUCGCUCAUCUGUCGAAAGAAGAUCGCAAGAAGGCCAAAUCUUCGGACUCUGACCGUCUUGCGAGAAGAAUGGCGAAGAAGAAGGCUAGGAAUGUCCUUGCAAAGCAGGGUGUUAAAGUCCAGGUAAAGGACAGGGAGAGAGUGCGGAAGAGUGGACCCGCCAAAACCAUUAGGGCACCAAAGAAAGAGAGCAAGGGUCGAGCACGCAGUGACAAAAGUAUCGCCAAGAGGAAUCUCAAAAAGUGAUAUGUAUAUGUCAGAACUUGGUCUCACCAUUCGUUCCUACAGUGCACAUACACAUGUGUCAAUUCAUUCACGUUCUCCUACUGUGCGUUCCGUGUGUUGUAACGUAACAGCCCUA